AUAUCACCAUCAUCACCACCAUCAUCACCACCAUCAUUAUCAUCACCAUCAUUAUCAGCAACAUUAUCAAACAUAACAAACAAUAAUCCCACACUUAGCACCAUCUUAAUUAUCAUUAUUGCACAGUCAUUGUCACCAUUAUCAGCACCAAAAUACCUUUAAAACAGGUUUGCUCAAUGUAAAUGUUAUGUUUUCAAUAUAUUUCGUAGAGAUUUGUCAUUACUUCAACAAUUGGAUGUUACAGAAAGUGGAACAGUUCAGUAAAAAAAGGUCUAAUUAAAUUUAUGAUUAAGCUAAAAUUAGUGUAAUAGUUGCCCAAGGUAAAAGAUUUGGAUUAUUUAUACAAAAAUGUAUCCCAUUUACCUAUUAUGUGUUAUCAUUACUUAAUUUUUUGCAAAGUAUGGUAAUAUCAUUAUAUUUAUUUAAGUUAUAGCUAGAAUGAUCCAUUUUCUGUUGGUUGCCAUGGUGAUUGUUUACUGUUGUCAGGGCAACCCCAGAAUUUAGUGCUGUACUAAUAUGAAUCUUUGUCCAGUGUCAUAGAGUUCCUUUUUUAUUGCUCACCAAAGAUGUGUGCUUCAUUAAGUUUUGAAGAUUAUAAUCUUGGGCCACGCACAAGUAAAAAUGUCAGUAGAUUUACCAAGAAAGCUUAUCAGAGCAUUCAGCUGAUAAGGGAAUUACUUCCAAUGCCACCUUCCAAGUCUGAUAUAGAAGACAUUGACUUGACUGAAGAAAUUGGCAGUGGUACUCAAGCUCAAACUCUGAACCUAAGGAAAUUUCAUGAUGACUUGAAAUAUAUUGAAAAAAUAUUCAUCAGCCUUGCUGGUGAAUUAGAAAGCUCUUGUAGUUUUAACAGUCUUCAAGAAUUCAUUCAAAAUGAAAAGACAGAACAAAAGAAAAAGGCAGACUUCAUAGCUAUGUUUCAUGGACAGAAAUGGAAAGCAAAACACUUUGAAAAGAGUAACAGAAUACGAUGUCUUCAAAGAGAACUUCGAAGUGUCAGGCAAGACACAGUAAAACAGAUUCAAGCCAAGGAUGAAGAGAUUGCCUAUCUUACAAAAGCUGUUGAGGAUGCUAAGCGAUUGAAUCCCAAGAGAGAAGAAUUUGAGAAGAAGUUGGCUAAAGUUCAGAUAGAAAACCUUCAGUUUGUGAUUGAGCAGGAAAUGAAAGAUAUAUGUAGUAAGAAUGCCAAAGUGGGGAGAGAAAUCCCUCAGGAGAUAAGGGUGCAUGAUGCACUGAUAACCUUCCUGAAGGAGAGUUGUGCAAAGCUAGAGGCCAGAAUACUAGAAUGGGAAACGAUGUUUGAAACAGAUACUCAGGAAAAGAGGCAGGAAGUGGCUGUGUGGCAGGCAGAAGUCCAGACCAAAAAGACUGAUUUGGAGAACCUGGAUGAAAGAUAUGAGAGUUUCAGGAAGGUUGUGAUGGAGUACGAAGCAGCAAGAGAAAUUGAACGCUUGGAGAAGGAGGAGGAGGACAGGAGGAACAGAGCUGCUGCAAAGAUCCAAGCAUGGUGGAAGGGCUGGAUGGUCAGGAGAGGAAUGAAUGCAGGUUUCAAGAAAAAGAAUAAGAAAAACAAACCUGUAAAAAAGUAACUAGGAAUAUACAGGAAAUCUUAAUAACACUUGAUAGAAACAUUACAGGAAGGACAAUAUUAUUUAACAGAAACAGGUUAAAUAAUUGCAUUAAAAAAAUCCUAUGUCAGUUGCUGAUGGUAGGCCUACUUAGACUGAAGGGAUAUGGUUUGUACAUAAAUUGAAAGUAAAGUUAACACUGAUUUCACAAGCAGGAAAAAGGGCAGAUCC